AUGCAUUCCAGUUGGAAUGGUUGUAGCCAGGUGGGGACAGACCUCUCCUCCCCAACAACUAGCAACAGGAAGACGACAGGUCACCGUCUGCAGCUGCACCAGGCAAGGUUUAAGUUGAACAUCGGGAAGAUUUUCUUCACCGAAAGGAGCAACAAGCACAGAUGCUCGCGCAGCGACCUGGCCUCAAGGCAGGCCGCAGAGGCGACCCGCUUUCCCUCACGCCCCCAGCCCGCGGGGACGCGCCCCGAACCCCCGCUGCGCUCCGCCCCGCCAGCCGGCGGGAAGGGAUCCGCCCCUCCGCCCCGCGCAUGCGCGCCCGCCUCGCGGCUGCCGCUCGCCCCUGCGCCGCCGGGGGCGCUGCCGCGCGCCCGCGCGCGCCUCCCGGGGGCGGUUCCCGCUGGGGUCCGCGCCGGGACGGCGAUGGCGGCGGCGGCGGCGGGAGCCGGGGCCGGGGCAGCGGCGGGCGCGGGGGGCGGGGAGCGGAGCAGCACCCGGGACCGGCUCCUGGCGGCGCUGGAGGAUCUCGAGCUCUUGGCCAGGGAACUAAUUGAAAUUUUGGCAAUUUCAAGAAACCAAAAGCUUCCACAACCAGGAGAGGAGAGCCAGAUCCUGGAACUGCUGAUUCAGAGAGAUGGAGAGUUUCAAGAGCUAAUGAAGUUGGCAGUUGAUCAGGGAAAAAUCCAUCAUGAAAUGCAGCUUUUAGAAAAGGUAGUAGAAAAGCGGGAUAAUGAUAUUCAGCAGCUGCAGAAACAGCUUAAAGAAGCAGAGCACAUACUGGCAACAGCUGUUUAUCAAGCAAAGGAAAAACUGAAAUCAAUUGAAAAAGCACGAAAAGGUGCCAUUUCCUCUGAAGAAAUAAUUAAAUAUGCCCAUAGGAUCAGUGCUAGCAAUGCUGUUUGUGCCCCUCUGACAUGGGUACCAGGGGACCCACGUAGGCCAUAUCCUACAGAUCUGGAAAUGAGAAGUGGUCUCUUGGGUCAGAUGAACAACCCAUCCACCAAUGGAGUCAAUGGACACUUACCAGGGGAUGCACUUGCAGCAGGCAGACUGCCAGAUGUGCUUGCUCCUCAGUAUCCUUGGCAGUCAAGUGAUAUGUCAAUGAACAUGCUACCUCCUAAUCAUAGUAAUGACUUCAUGCUGGAGCCUCCAGGACACAAUAAAGAGAAUGAAGAUGAUGUAGAAGUUAUGUCAACAGACUCCUCAAGCAGCAGCAGUGACUCAGACUAGGGGGACAGUAUCCCUGGUAGACCUUUCCUGUGGUGAAGGUAGGUUAGAUACUGUUUGUCACAAACUGCAAUCUCCUUUUGUUACACCAGCAGCCUUGUGUAGGGAGAAGAUAACAGCUGGCUCAGAAAUAGGGUGACUAAUUUAAAACCUUGGACUAUAGUCUUGUUUUUUUCCUCUUAGAUGUUUUGGGAGCUGGGAGAAGUGUCUGGAAGCUGUCUGCUGCGGGAGAGAUGUCAGAUUUUCAGCGAUUGUGUAAAUGUAUGUUUCCAAGAGAUGUGUAAAUAUAUAUUUAUAUAUAUGUAUUUACUAUACAUUAGAUGACAUAAGUUCCUGGGAAAAAAUGUGUAAGGGGAAUCCCCUUGUAUGUUUGUUAGUAACUUUACUCUUUUGAUGAUAGCCUUUUCUAUGCCACGGAAAUGAAACACAAAGUUUGUAAUGUAUCUUUUUUUGUUACUGCCUAAAUCUGUUCUUGAUCAUCUGUGUAUCAAGAACAAAAAUAUGUCAAUAAGGUGUAAUAAAAGAGUUUGUAAUUAUUGUAAUAUAUAAUGAAGAUUUGUCAUAAAUAAACUUGUCUUUGAUCUAACUUCAAUUUUCCAAA